AUGAGACAGACUACCGGUCCGAAAGGGAAUAAAACCGAAUUUGUUGUGAUUUUGCACGAGAAUUCACCGGAGUGGGUCAUCACCCAGUUGGCUUGCGCGGCCUAUGGAUACGCCUAUGUGCCACUGUACAUGAAUAUGAAGCCUGAGAUCAUGAAAAGCAUUUUCGAUGAAAUACCAGUCUCCAUUGUUGUCUGUAGCAGUGCAGACCAAGCGCUAGCAAUUGUCGAUUUGAUUGGGUUUCGAGUGAAAAACUACAUUUUGCUUAACCGGGAUCAGCAUUCGGAUCGAUUUAAACGGGAAAACGAACAAAAUGCAAAUAUACUUUAUUACGAAGAGUUUAUGGAUAUCGAACCCAACGAAGUGGCCGUUGUUCUCUACACCAGUGGUUCUGAAGGUAAAAUGAAACCGGUGAUGUUUACGCAUGAUGAAUUAACAUUCGGUUACAAGAGCUUGAUCAAUCAUCUCGAAGGCAAACUCUUGACUCGAAUUCGACUGGAGUAUUUUAAGAGUUUGACUAUUACACCUCAUGUGCGAAAGCGUCUUGAAUCACUGAUGGACAAUGUGCGGGCAAAUCAGAACAAGGGUCAAUAUGAACAAAGUGGUUUUGAUGAUUGGCUUUACUUUAAAAAGUUCCGCAAAUCAUUCGGUGGGCACGUGUGCCUGAUCAUUUGCAGUGGUGCUUGUCUGUCUCCAGAAGUUGCUCUUUUCUUCCGAGUUGCAUUCGGGUGUCCGAUCCUUCAGAAUUAUGGAGUCACGGAAACGGCCGGAAUGGUUUCACAAAAUCUUUUGGGUGAUCACGAGCUUGGAACGUGUGGGGCAAUUUUACGAGGACUCCAAGUAAAAUUAGCUGACCUACCCGAACUAGGGAUAGAGGCGGAGAAGCUCCACAUGGGUGAGGUAUGA